AUGAUCAGAUCUUGGUUGCAACGUCCAGAAACAAAAAAAUAUGCAGCUGAUGUUGCUGUUUUUGCUCUUUCACAAGUAGCAUUUUAUUUUGCCUUCAAGUAUAUUGUUGGCUCACUGGAUCCUACUAAAGCAAAACGUCAAGAGGCCAAAGCAAAAAGUAAUCGAAUUUUAGGCAAAUUAGGAGCAGCUGAUAUAAAGUUGACAGAAUACGAACAGAUUAUCGCAGCCGAAGUCAUUCAUGCUGACGAGAUCAGUGUUAACUUUAAACAAAUUGGUGGGUUGGAUCAUAUCAUUCAAGAUCUGCGAGAGAGUGUUAUCUAUCCACUUUGUUAUCCUGAGCUUUUCACUUCCGCGUCAGGAUUAUUGGGUGCGCCCAAAGGUGUUCUGUUAUACGGCCCGCCUGGCUGCGGUAAAACAAUGCUUGCGAAAGCCCUUGCGAAAGAAAGUGGAGCAACUUUCAUCAACAUUCACGUGUCUACAUUGACAGAUAAAUACUACGGAGAGUCUAACAAGUUGGUCUCUGCUGUCUUUACUUUGGCUAAAAAAUUGCAACCUUCCAUUGUUUUUAUUGAUGAAAUCGAUUCCUUUUUACGUGAGCGAAGGAGUACAGAUCAUGAAACAACAGGCAUGAUGAAGGCUGAAUUCAUGAGCUUAUGGGAUGGUUUAACAACAGGUGAAGAUGGUCGUAUUGUUAUCUUAGGAGCUACUAAUCGACCGAAUGAUAUCGACUCAGCCAUCCUUAGACGGAUGCCGAAACGGUUCUCCGUAAGAUUACCUACUGAAUCGCAAAGAAGGAGCAUCCUUGAAUUGCUUCUGAAGGAUAUCAAGUUAGCAUCGGAUUUCGAUAUGACAGAGUUAGUACAGAGAACAGCAGGAUUAUCAGGAAGUGAUUUGAAGGAACUCUGUCGUAAUGCAGCUAUGAUUCCGAUCCGAGAGUAUGUUAGACUGAUAAAACCACCCACUGGUGAAAAUGCCUCCAAGGAUCUAUUAGAUUUUGACACAGCCAAUAUUAAUACUCGCCCAUUAACGCUGGCAGACUUCUAUGCUUUUGAUGCAACAAACGAAAGAACUUACAGUUUAGCAUCUGAUGAUUUACCACAACAAGAAAAGCUUGAUUAG